CGUUUUGCCAUUGCGAGUUUGGGUCUUGGUAGCGGCAGCAGCAGCAGGUCGGCGACAAGAAGGAGGAGGAGGAGCGGCAUGUUCAAGAACACAUUCCAAUCGGGGUUUCUCUCGAUCCUCUACAGCAUUGGGAGCAAACCGCUGCAGAUUUGGGACAAGCAAGUGCGGAAUGGACACAUCAAGCGGAUCACGGACCAGGACAUCCAAAGCUCGGUGUUAGAGAUCAUGGGCACGAACGUGAGUACGAACUUCAUCGCGUGUCCCGCGCAGCCGGCCAAAACGCUCGGGAUCAAGCUGCCGUUCCUGGUCAUGAUCAUCAAGAACUUGAAAAAGUACUUUACGUUCGAAGUCCAGGUGCUCGACGACAAGAACGUCCGUCGACGAUUCCGCGCGUCUAACUAUCAAAGCAGCACCCGCGUGAAGCCAUUCAUCUGCACCAUGCCCAUGCGACUCGAUGAAGGAUGGAACCAGAUCCAGUUCAACCUGAGCGACUUCACACGCCGUGCGUACGGCACCAACUACAUCGAGACACUGCGCGUACAAAUCCACGCGAACUGCCGCAUCCGUCGCAUCUACUUCUCGGACCGCCUCUACUCGGAGGAAGAGCUGCCGCCCGAGUUCAAGCUCUUCCUGCCGGUGCCCAAGGGGUCGUCCAAUGCAGAACCUCCCAAGACAGAAGCACCUGCGGGAAUGUAGACGUCACGUAUAACGAGCUGUAUAAUACAUACUUUGCAUAACGUUAUAUAUGAUGACAUUAGAUGAGAA